CACAGGGUGAACAACUGGUGCUGGUGUUUAUGUGUUGUGAACUGAUUUUGUUGCUUAAUUUUUCAAAUUUUACUUCAUGUUUGCAUUCACAAAAUGACCAUUUUCAAUCUGCUCACGUUUCCCAACGUUUGUCGUGCAUGUCUGCAAUCGAUACAUCCCGACCAGAUGAUGGCGCUCGAUACGCAUCGUCCAUUGCUGGAGGGAACGAUCUCAACAUUCCUGCAGGAUAUCUCGUUCAAGCUACCGGCAACUACCUCGCAAUUCCUACCCACAUCCGUGUGUAUAGCAUGCCUUGAGGUGAUGGAAUUCUUCAGCAAGUAUAGACGAAAAAUCAAUCAUCUCCAUGAGUUUCUUGCUGCCUUGGUGCAAGUGAAGCUAGGGGACGAAAGGCCACUGCGAGAUUUGUUUGAAAGUAAAACAGAUGAACUGGAGAUGUUGUUCCGGGAUUUGGAUCUGUGUAACAAGAUCGAUGUAGGAGUGAACGAUCUGUUGGCUGAGUACGAUCAAUACGUCAUUGCUUCCAUGGAAAUAAUGACCGGACUCGAGCAGGAUGAACCCAUGGAGAAAGAGCUGUUGGUUUACGGUUCGGAGGAAGAGAGCGAAGUAACACAUUCGACACCAGCUGAACAAAAUCAUUUGAAAAUAGAGUUUGAAUCGGUCGAACAGAAUGAUAGCGAGGGCGAAGAGUUUACAACAAUGGAUGAUGAUAAUGAGGAGAAGCACGCAGUAUCCAAAGACAGAUCUGAUGAGAAACUUAAUUCGAAGCGGCAACAGUUCCAUUGCGAAAAAUGUCCCUAUAAGACGAUGUUUACCGUUGCGCACACUAUCCACGUGAAGAAGCAUGAACAGAACGAAGGAAAAGUUGGGUACGUGUGUAAUAAUUCGUACUGUUUGCAAAUGUUCGAUACGCCAGAAGAACUCAAGCAGCACAAAAAAAGUAACCCGCAUAAAGAAUAUGUGUGCGAAAUUUGUGGCAACGUGUUGAAGCAUCGGAUCUCGCUGGAGGUGCACUUGGAGCGUCACGUCGGUAUUACGCACUUCCAGUGUACGUACUGUUCUUCCUCGUUUCAUACCAAAACGGAGCUGCAAAACCAUAUCGCAGCCAUCCACAUCAGUGAAGACCGAGCCGAGUGCCAAACGUGCGGUGCUGUGUUUACCAGCAAUAAGCUGCUUAAGCAGCACACCGAUUCCCACGUUACGGAGCGUAAUUUCCACUGUGUGGAAUGCAAGCGGUCGUUCAAAACGCAACAUCAUUUAAACCGUCACUUCAAAGCCGUUCAUACGGAUGUUCGGUUCCAGUGUGAGCACUGUGAAGCUUCGUACAGCCGGCGAGAUAAGCUGCGAAUGCACGUAGAGAAAGCGCACCAGAUACAAACGUACUUCGUGUGCGAUAUUUGUCUCCGAUCGUUCGACAAUGAUGAGGCACUGCAGCAGCACCUCUCUCGUCAUAAGUACCCGCAGCAUCUGGAAUGUGGAAUCUGUUUGAUUGUAUGCCUGACGGAGAAAGAUUUCAACAAGCAUUCGUGCAUUACGUACCAGGAUAAUUAUGUUUGCUGUGGGCACGAUUUUAAGCAUCACACGGUGUACAACAAGCACAUGAUGCGGCACGGCAUCAAGGUGAAUGCUAGAGUACGGCCAAAAACGAACAUACUGAUUGGACAGGAAAGGGCGUUACGAACAGCGGCAGAAUCUCGCUCGACGAAAUAUUAUUUGCCGAGUGUAGAGAAAGAAACGGAGACACCGCAAAAAUAUGACUGUUUAGAGUGUGGGGUCAGUUUCAGUACUAUUCGGAAGCGGAAUCAGCAUAAGUGUUCCGUCAAUGAAUUGAUCGAUGAUAACAGUGCAGCUAUAUUAAGCUGUGUCUAAACAAUGCGACGAAGUUUAAAAAAUGUUGCAUGAACUAAAUUAAUUACUACGAUUUUUUAUUGCACCUCAUUUAGUGUGAAUUAAAAUUGAAACAUCAACAUUGAGAUUAAUCUAUAGAUCGACAACUUGCAAAUUAGUGAACUUUUCAAAUCAAAGAUCAAGUUUCAGAUCAAUUGCCGGUAUUAAAUCAAGCAAACCAAUCCCAACAGCGAUGGCACGGGUUAGAAAUCGAUG